AUGUCUAUAACAUGUUAUAAACAAAAUUCAAGAUCUUCUAAUAAUAAUUUUAAUUAUUCUACAUUAUCUAAUAAAAAUACAGAUAAUUGUUGCGAUUUAAUACUUAAUCAAACAUAUCAUAAUAAUCAAAAUUUAAAACAAUCUUGUAUGAAGAAAAGAAUUUGUAAAGAUUACUAUCAUUUACCUGGUUAUACUGGUAAAAUUCCACAAGAAUCUCAAAUGUUUGGUUUAACUCGUAGUGAAAUGAGUCGUCGUAUAUUUCAUGAUUCGUAUAUUCAUACACGUCCAGAUACUUUAUUUUCACCAAAAAUAGAUUCAUUUGAUAAUCAAAUAUUUGAUAUACGUACAAAUUCAUCAAUUACUGAUCAAAUCUAUAUAUCUGAUAUUAUUACUUCUGGAUAUACUGGACAUAUACCAACAAUACAAGAAAAAUUUGGCAAAACUAUGAAGAAUUUAUUUUUAAAAUCUAUUAAUGAUUUUGAAGAUGAUCAAACACAAAAAAAAUAUUAUAAAUUUGAUUUUAAAUUACAGAAACUUUUAGAAAAUAAUUCUAUAACUAAACAAAAUUUACCAAAAAAUUCUAUGCAUAAUUUCGCCUGUCUUUUCGAUAUUGAUGGAGUCAUUACAAAAGGCCCAAACUUUAUAUCGGUUGCAAAACCAGCUAUUCACAAAUUGAUUCAACUCAAUGUACCUAUCAUUUUUCUUUCAAAUACAUGUGCCCUGGAAACUGAGAAAGCUAAACAAUUAUCAGCCAUGCUUGGAAUUACUAUCCAUCCAGAACAAGUUGUUUUGGCUCAAACACCAAUGCGUACUUUAACUCAAUAUCAUGACAAACAUGUGUUGAUAUCUGGACAAGGCCCUACAGAAGAGAUUGGUCGAUUGCUUGGCUUUAAAAGUAUAACAACAGUUGAAAAAGUUUGUGAAGCAUUUCCGGAAUUAGACAUGGUUAAUCAUAUGCAUCGUGCUAAAUUUAGUGCAAUGAUAGAAACACAAAGUCUUGUUCGUGACACAAAUUUUCGUCCAAUUGAUGCUAUUGUUUUGCUUGGUGAACCUAUCAGUUGGGAAAGUUCAUUACAAGUCAUUACUGAUCUUCUUUUAACUGAUGGCAAUCCAGGUGUUGUACCUGUUGAUACAACAGUUGAUCGUGCUCAUAUACCAGUUAUUGCAUGUAAUCGAGAUUUAGUCUUCAAGGCUGCUGCUGAUUUACCACGUUUUGGUCAUGGAGCUUUUCUUACAUGUUUAGAAGCAUUACAUAAAAAUCUUAGUGGUUGUGAACUCGUAUACAAAGCAUUUGUUGGUAAACCAUUUGAAAUCUCAUUUCAAUAUGCUGAAAUCAUGGCUAAUAAAUAUGCUUUUGCUAAUGGACAACCAAAAAUUGAUAAAAUUUAUUUUAUUGGUGAUAAUCCUGAUGUAGAUAUUGUCGGUGCAAAUAUGUACAAUUGUUUAUUACAACAAGAUAUAAAUGCUAAAACAAGUAUCAGUGGUUAUGAUAUACUUACGGAUCCAAAACAUUUAACUGCAACAUCUUGUGACUCAAUUUUAGUAUGUACAGGUGUUUAUGAUCCAAAUAAACAAACAGCUGAAGAAAAACAACAUUGGAAAAUACCUACAACAACUCAACUUGACGUAUUAGAUGCUGUCAAAUACAUUCUUAAAAAAGAAGGAAUUUCAUGGAAUUCAUAA